AUCGGCACUCAUUUUUCAACGGAAAAGGUGUUUAGAAUGAAGGGCUUAUUUGUUUUGCUCAUAUUGUGUCUGUGUUUCGUUCCUGGUAAUGAUGUUGAUGACAUUGAUGACAGAGAUGAAGUGUUUAUGAUGGAGGGAGAUUCAGUCACUCUACACACUGAUGUUAAAACAAUCCAGCAAGAGAGAAUUACAUGGUAUUUUAAUGACACUCGCAUCGCUCAAAUACGUGGAGAUCAGAGUAAGAUCUGUACAGAUGUUCAGUGUAAAGAGAGAUUCAGAGACAGACUGAAGCUGGACAGUCAGACGGGUGAUCUCACCAUCACAGACAUCAGAACUACAGACGCUGGAGUUUUCCAACUCCAUGCAGUCAGCAAAAGAAUCAUUCUAAAGGUCUUCAAUGUUACUGUUAUUGAUGUGUCUCGUGCAGAAACAGAUCAAACAAAUACCAAGUCAGCGAUGGAGGGAGAAUCUGUCACUUUAGAUCCUGGUCUGGUAAAAAAUCCAAAUGUUUCGAUGACAUGGUUUUUUAAUGAUGAUUUCAUCGCCGAAAUCACUGGAGAUCAGAGUAAGAUCUGUACAAAUGAUCAGUGUGAAGAGAGAUUCAGAAACAGACUGAAGCUGGAUCAUCAGACUGGAUCUCUGACCAUCAUGAACAUCAACUCCACAGAUGCUGGACUUUAUAAACUACAGAACAACAGCCACAUCCACCCUCACCACAGCAUCAUCAGUAUCAGACGAUUCAGCAUUACUGUCACUGGUGUGUCAGGUGUUGAGACCGAUGGUGUGUCAGUGUCACUGAUGGAGGGAGAUUCAGUAACUCCACACACUGAUGUUGAAAUGAACCAACAGGACACAAUGAGAUGGUAUUUGAAUGACUUUCGUAUCGCUCAAAUCACUGGAGAUCAGCGUAAGAUCUGUACAGAUGAUGUGUGUAGAGAGAGAUUCAGAGACAGACUGAAGCUGGAUCAUCAGACUGGAUCUCUGACCAUCAUGGACAUCACAAACACAGACUCUGGAGAAUAUAAACUACUGAUAAGCAGCAAAAAAAUCAUUCAAAAGAUCUUCCAUGUUGCUGUUUAUGAUGUUCCUGCUGAUGAACGAGAUGAAAUGGAUAGUCAGUGCAUGAAGGAACAUCUGUCACUUUAGACAGUCAAGUAAUAACAAACCCAAAUGAUUUGAUGAGAUGGUAUUUUAAUGACAUUCUUAUCACUGAAAUCACUGGAGAUCAGAGUAAGAUCUGUACAGAUGAUCAGUGCGAUGAGAGAUUCAGAGACAGACUGAAGCUGGACAAUCAGAAUGGAUCUCUGACCAUCAUGAACAUCAAAACAACAGACUCUGGACUUUAUGAACUAAAGAUCAUCCACAGCAUCCGCCGUCGUCACAGCAUCAGCAUCAUCCGCAUUAAGAGAUUCAGCAUUACUGUCACUAAUUCAAGUCUACCUUCAGGAGUUAUAGCAGGAAUAUGUGCUGCUGCUGCUGUUCUGUUGGUGAUUGUAAUUGUCAUUUGUGUAAUGUGCUGUUGCUGGAGUAGGGGCCAUACGAACAAUGUAAUAUUACAAUGAUGUAUUGCAAUUGUGUAAAAUUACUGUCUAAAUUAACAUCGGGUUGAAUUAAUUUUUGUAUCACCAUGAUGCUAUGUCCCUGCUUUAGUAUCAUGGUG